AUGGAUGGAAAGCGCAGCACAUCCUGUCAGUAUGGAUCACUGGAAUGCACGAAAUGGAAAACAGAUGUUGACCAAACAGAAGCAGAUGUGGUCUCAAUGGCGGACUCUACUAUCACAGUGGGGGACAUUGAGGGAGAACUUUUUAAGAUUGAACGGCUCAAAGACAUUCUGAUCAGGAGAGAGUCUGAGCUCAGAUACAUGAUUGAUGAUAUCCAGUUUUGUAAAGAAAUUGCAAGGCUGAAAAAAGAACUUCAAAAGCUACUAUCUAUCCCAGAUAAUGACAAGUCUAAUGAAGACAAACAGAAGGAAGUCGAGCUCCUGCAACAGAUUCAUAAAUUAGUGGAAGCUCGAGACUUCCUGGUGGAUGACGUGGAGUUUGAGCGUCUCAGUACCUAA